AUGGAUUCUGUUAACUGCUACUCCCCCAAGUACUCCCACAUCACCAGAUGCAUCUUUUCUACCUCAGUCGUUACCACCGACACAUCUUCUAGUGGAAACACAACUCUUGAUGACCUUGUGCCUGGGUUCCCCAACUGCAACACGGAGCAAUGGCUACCCCUGUCACAAGUGAAUUGUUCUCAGUUUCUCGGUUUAUGUGCUCUUCCAGGUUGUAAAUUUAAAGAUAUUAGAAGAAAUAUCCAAAAAGAUACAGAAGAACUAAAGAACUAUGGUAUACAAGACAUAUUUGUUUUCUGCACCAGAGGGGAGCUGUCAAAAUAUAGAGUCCCAAACCUUUUGGACCUCUACCGACAGUAUGGAAUUAUCACUCAUCAUCAUCCAAUCCCAGAUGGCGGGACUCCUAACAUAGCCAGCUGCUGUGAAAUAAUGGAGGAGCUUGCAAUCUGCCUUAAAAAUAACCGAAAAACCUUAAUACACUGUUAUGGAGGACUUGGGAGAUCUUGUCUUGUAGCUGCUUGUCUCCUACUAUACCUGUCUGACACAGUAUCACCACAGCAAGCCAUAGACAGCCUGAGAGACCUCAGGGGAUCAGGGGCAAUACAGACCAUAAAGCAAUAUAAUUAUCUUCAUGAGUUCCGGGACAAACUAGCUGCACAUCUAUCCUCAAGAGAGGCACUAUCAAGAUCUGUAUCUAGAUAAACAAUUUCAAACAGCAUAUAUAUGACCAUGGCUGAAAUUUAAGAAUCUCUAAGGUAAUCUGUAUUGUAAUGAAACCACCAGCGUUAUCAACUUGAAUGUCAAUGUAUAUGUGCAGAUAUUCCUAAAGCUUUUAUU